AUGAUCAGACGAUCCCCGACUUUCAUCGCUCUGGAAGAAGACGAUAUCGACUCUCACCUCCAGCGGAUUUUCCUCCACCAUACCCUCAUCAUUGACCUGGAGCAGCUACAUCUAGACGAGAGCGACCUAUCAUCUUCAGCUGCCGGUACCAACCUGGAUCGCGGUUCGACCCGAGCAUCUUCACACAACUCACCGGGAUCCUCGACGAUCCCACAGCCGGAAAAGUCAUGCCUCAGAGCUCCAGCAAGUGUAUGCCGGGAUUUGCAAAGCGCAAUUACCUUUGAGUAUCCAGCAGACGGAUCCGACCCACCAAAACCAAAAGUAACCUACGCCUUGUCACCGCAAGAACUCGAGCUCCAUAGCGGCAGGGCCAUUCACUCACCCGGACAAACAGAGACAGAGCGCCUUGGGGAAUACUACCCGACAAGCCACAAAAGCACUAUAACGGGCGUCUCCGUGGACUCUCCAAUCUCGCCGCAAGUCUCAUUCUUAUCGUGUGGUGUGUCUUCGAGUCCGGCCACAGUCCCACUCCGGGACCUAGCCUUAGCGUCGACGAUGUCUUACGAGGCAGGCUUGGCCGAGGAGGCAAUCUCGUCAGCUAGUGCGGAACGUUGGUGA